GUUGCAGUGAGAGAUGCGAACAAGCGCACAGAGCCAUCAGAGCAGAGGAGCGCUUGGCUGAGUCUGGGACACACACCGCGGUCGCUGGGAGUCUAUCGGAGCUGAUGGAGACAUGUCGCUGAUCCGGAUGCUUUAUUCGCUGGUUGUCCUGGAUCCGGAGUGGAUUUGAACUGAUCCGAUGGCUGCAGUCCAGUGAAACCGGCCUGUCUUUGGAUCUGUGUGUGUGUGCGCGUGAGUGUGUGUGUAUGAUUGUGUGCGCGCGCGCGUGAGUGUGUGAAUGUGAGUGUGAAUGUGUGUGUGUGUGUGACCCCAGCACAUUUCCUUGGAGGGGUAUAUUUGCUGUGUUCUGGAUCUAUGGAAUGCUUCUAGAUCGGGCUGGAUCCUCCGGGGGGCAACAAUGUGGGUUACUGGGAAGGGGAAACCAACAGGACCCUGAGGCUGGUGUAAAUGCACUUCCCGACAGCCUCAGUCGUCUGAGAAGGUCAGACCUCCCUGUGGCGCUCUUGGGCCGCUGGCACUAAGAUGUCCCUCAGUAGUGGCACUGCAGGCGGGAAAGGUGUGGACUUGAAUGCGGUGGACACUUACGACAGCGGCGAUGAGUGGGAAAUUGGUGUAGGCAACCUGAUCAUUGACCUUGACGCUGACUUAGAGAAAGAAAAGCUUGAGAUGUCGGGCACUAAAGACGUGGACGGAAUGGCUGCUGCCUCGAGUGCCGUAGCAGCAUUGCCAGACAACAUCAAGUUUAUCAACCCGGUGCCUCCCCCGCCGAUCAAGGACAGCAAAUCCAAAGCGAAGCGUAGCAAGAAUUCCAAGGACAGUAGCAAGUCCUCAACCCCUGAUGGGGCCAAGAAGGACGCCCAGGGACGGACCCAAAACGAGGCCACCGGGCCAACCGUGGGAAGCGGUUCCACAACUUUACCUUCCGGGAAAGGUUCAGAUAAAAGUAACAAAGCCUCUCGUAAUGUUCCGAGUGGAAAAAAGGACAAGGAGGGUUCUGGGAAAAGCAAGAAGGAGAAAAACGAAGGGGUACAAGCUGGGAGCGUGCCCUCGGAAAAGGACCCCUCGGCCCAGGUUAUGCCUUUAGGCCAGGCACGCAAUACCCCAUUUGAGGGGACGCAAAAUUCGGACCUCGUUGGUGCUGAGCAACUAGGGAAUAUUACCCUCGAUACCACUGGAAUAGUCACACCUUUGGCUAUCAAGAGCGAACCAGAAGAAGUGGAAAAUAAUGAUUGCAGGACCAUGAAGAAAGUAAAAAGCGAAAAGAUGGAGUCUCCGGUCUCCACGCCGGCGCCGCCACCGCUCCACCUCCUCGCUCCGGUCAGCAACAGUGACAUCUCCUCCUCGUGUGAGCAGAUCAUGGUCCGCACGCGCUCCGUAGCCGUCAACACCUCUGACGUGGCUCUGGCCACCGAGCCCGAGUGUCUGGGUCCCUGCGAACCUGGCACCAGCGUCAACCUGGAGGGCAUCGUCUGGCAGGAAACCGAGGACGGUAUGCUGGUUGUAAAUGUUACCUGGAGGAACAAGACAUAUGUGGGCACACUUUUAGACUGCACUCGACAUGACUGGGCACCCCCACGGUUCUGUGAAUCACCCACAAGUGACCUGGAGAUGAGAAAUGGCCGUGGACGGGGUAAAAGAAUGAGGCCCAAUAGCAAUACGCCAGUCAAUGAGAACAGCAACUCCUCUGAUAACAAAGGCAGCAACAACAGCAAGACUCGAGCUGCAUCCAACAGCAAAGGGCGACGGGGCAGUCAGAAUUCCUCUGAGCAGCGCACCCCACCAAAUAGCAACACUGAGGAUGUAAAAGCUAGUCCUUCAUCUGCUAACAAACGCAAGAACAAACCUGCCUCAGACAUGGAGCCCAAUUCCAGUUCAGAGGACACUAAGGGUAGCAAACGUAUGCGCACCAAUUCAAACAGUGGAAUACCUCAUACUGUUCUUCCCCUCUCCAACAUCAAAGCUGAAUCCUUGCCUCCCUCUUUGGAUCGCAGCUGCCCCUCGCCGGUGCUUAUCGACUGCCCCCAUCCCAACUGCAACAAGAAGUACAAGCACAUUAACGGCCUGAAGUAUCACCAGGCUCGUGCACACAAUGAUGAUGACAUCAAGCUGGACAUAGAUGGUGAUAGUGAGUAUGGUGAGGACUCCACUUUGCACCCUGAGCCAAGCAGUUGCAAUGGUGCAUCCAUUUCUCAGAAGGGCUGUGCAUCUCCUGCACGGUCAGUCACCCCCAAAGGCAGAGGAUUUGAUGCCCAGAGUCCAUCACCAUCAUCAGGAAAGUUGAGCUCCAAGCAGCCUGGUAAAAAGAAGCCAGAGGCUGAGCAUGACUCUGGUGUGCCCAUGGAUGGCUGUGAAGAUGGCCCAUGUCUUACAGAUGAGACAAGCAAUGAUGGCAUUGAUGAUAAAAGAGGCUUGGACAAAGCUAAGAAGUCUGGCAGUGGUACCAAGGCAGAAAAGCUCGCGCAAAAGGCAAUGAAGUCAGCAAGGCCACUGGCUCCUUCUUUACCUCCACAGCAGUUGUACGCCUUACCAACCUCUGGCUUCCCUGCCCCCAGUUCUGGCUCCUCCUCCAGUAUAGGCUCUGUGGUCCAGUCCACUAGCAAGAGUCCCCAAAUAAAAACCAUUCAACCCAAACCUGCAGUAAUGGGAGAUCCCUCAAUAAACCCAGCCUUGGGCAGCUCUAAGGACAAGAAAAAGAAAGAUAAGAAAAAGAAGGAGGGCGGUAAGGAAGGAGACAGUCCAAAAGCCCCUGGGAAAGGAGGGAAACCUGAAGAAGGCAAGAGCCCAUAUUCUGAGAGCUCAGACCAAGGCAGCAAGAGUGAGGGGCUGUUAAAUGGAUCCACAGAUCCACAUCAAAGUCGGCUAGCCAGCAUGAAAGCAGAAGCAGACAAAAUCUACAGCUUUUCGGACAAUUCUCCUAGUCCUUCUAUUGGUGUGGCCAGUCGUAUAGAAAGUGGGGGGAUGGCACAACCUCUCACUCCACUUCAUGUGGUUACCCAAAAUGGGGCAGAUAACUCUUCUGUGAAGACCAACAGCCCAGCAUACUCGGACAUCUCUGAUGCAGGGGAAGAUGGAGAGGGCAAAGUGGAGGGUGCGAAGGUCAAGUCUGAAGAUCAGGCAGGUCGGGAAGGUGCCAAGAAAUCCCUGUUCCCAUCCCAACCACCAAACAAAGACUCUUCUUAUUACCCAGGCUAUGAAACGUACUACUCGCCCAAUUAUAGCAACCCAAACCCUAGUCCAGGAGUCUCUAACACUGUCACAUCAUUGCAAGAUGGUGCAGUGAAGGUGAAAAAAGAGGAAGACCCAGAACCAGGGAAUGACAAGGGCAAAUCAGAGCCACCUGAAGAUCGAAAGCCAGACAUAGGUGCAUCCUCUCAACAACCACAGCAGCCUUCAGUCAUUCAGCAACGUUCUAGUAUGUUCAUGCAGCCCCUCUAUUACAAUCAGUAUGCUUAUGUUCCUCCCUAUGGCUAUUCACCUGAUCAGGCCUACCAUAACCACCUGAUGAACACAAACCCAGCUUACAGACAGCAGUGUGAGGACAGACAGCGGCAAGCAGCUGAGCAGCAUCGUGCCGCAGAGAAGAAAUCAGAGGCUGCUCAGAAGGAUAGGGAAGCAUCCAUGAAGUCAGAAGAAUGGAAGCAGAAAGCUUCAAUUCCUCCUACCUUGUCUAAAGCGCCAAGCCUCUCAGAAUUGGGCAAACCAUCCCCACAGGGCAAGCCCAAAGAUCCCUCGGAGCCUGGCAAGUCAGUCAUUAUCCCCAAAGGAGAAGAUGGCAAGGGACAGACCCAGCAAGGUGAGGGGUUGAAAAUGAAGCUAAGUGAAGCUGGGCAUCAUGCGAAGGAUGAGCAGAAACCAGGCCUUGAGUCUGGGAGAUCGGCUAUGGAGCAGGCAAUGUACAUGUACAGACAGGAGCCAGACUCUCGCCUGUGGCCCUACGUUUACCCCAGCAAGUACCCCGAUGCUCACAAACAGAUCGAUGAGGAGAGGUGGAAGGAAGAGAGAGAGCGGGAUCGCGAACGAGAAAGGGACAGAGAUCGGGACAGAGACCGUGAAAGAGAAAGGGACAGAAAAGGCAAAGACGAAAGGCAGCGUCCUAAAGACGCUCCAUCUAAAGAGGAAAGCAAGGAAGGGGCAGAACCACGAACUUCAUCGGCCUCUGAGGAGCAUAGAGUCUUCAGCAAAGAUCCACGAGCACAUAUGCAGUUUUCCUCUCAUCUGCCGCAGCAUCAGUCAUAUAUGUCUUACAUGCAUGGAUACCCCUACGGCCAGGGUUAUGACCCCAGCCAUCCGGGAUACAGGGGGAUGCCUACUGUCAUGAUGCAGAAUUACCCUGGGUCGUACCUGUCACCAGGGUACUCUUUUUCUCCAUAUGGCUGUAAGAUGCCACCUGGAGAGGAGGGUGAGAAGGCUCGUGCCAGUCCUACAGUGAGUGGCAAGUCUGCAUCUGAGUCUAAAGCUCUUGACAUCCUGCAUCAGCAUGCUAGUCAAUACAAGAGCAAAUCGCCCACGGUGGGUGAAAAGACACCCCAUGAAAGAGACAGAAGUGGGAGUGAGCGGGAAAGAGAUGGUGAACGUCCGAGAUCUUCGCCCUCUCAGAGGAUCAUGCCUUCCCACCAUCACUUAAGCUAUCCACUACUCCCAGGACAGUACGACCUAUCCUAUGCUACAGGUAUCUCCUCUUCAGCUAUUGUUGCCAGUCAACAAGCCUCUGCCCCCUCAUUGUACCCCCCAGCACGGAGGUGAGAAUGGGAGAAGUGACUGGCUGUUUUUCUGCAGACAUGUGACUGGUUCACAUGAGGAUGUGAUGUGGAGCUUAUGACAUCAGUUCAAUGAUGUUCCUGAUUUCUUCACGGCUCUUUUCCCCUGACUUCCUGGCUUCUUUGACCAACACCGUCAGAGAGGAGAAAGUGGAUGCUGAGGCUUCUACGUAAACGCCGGACUCCACCUCAGGAAGCACACAUCUGUACACCUCCCUCUCUGUGCUGCUGGCUACACACUCAGGAGAGAGGAGACACCAUCUGUCUGCAGAGACGUCAUACGAUGCGCAAGCUCUCAGAAAAACACGGACCUACAGAGUUUGGGAAAUUUUGGAUACAAAGACAUUCUGGAAGUCACUACGUUGUGUUCAAAGCAUGGAGUGCUACCGUUCUGGACUGCUGCACUAGAGCCAUGAGGAUUACCGAGGUUGUUGAUGUUUUGUUAUAUUGUUUUUCCCUGAAGGAUUCCAGCAUCUCGGUUGCCGCUCUUCAUCUUCAUACACUUAGAAUCUAUUUGUGGACUAUGCAAGUGGAUAAGGCUUGGUUUCUUCACUCCGUUCAUUCAGGGCAGUAAAUUCACGUUCGUGUUACCAUUGCGAAGCUAUCGUCAACAUACUUGAGAGUAGACCGUUCUUUGUCCAAGAGGCAUUUUUCAACGCACUUCCCACGUCUUUAUUGUUCACAUUUAUGUUUAUGGAUGAUGAACAGAUUGCUCAAAGUCACUUAGCAUUGGUCGUUUUGCUGUGCAAAUGUUUUGUUCUCGAACAGGCAACUGCUUCAGUUUGCUUCGCAUUGGUCGGUUCAACAGUGACCUGAUUUUUAGUUACAUGAUGGGCCUUCUGGCAUUUUGGAUUAUUUUCCGUGUUGCCGAUAGAAGAUGAAGCAUUGGCUGCUCUUUGACAUGAAGUGCCCCAACUUUGACUUCCAGACUGGAUUUUUGGAUUUUUCCAGCCUGUAUCGAUCGUUAUAAUGUGCGGGCACGAGGCUAUCUGCUUCUCCCAGGCUCUAAUCGUUUGGGACACGAUGUGUGUGUUUGCCAUUGAAGUUAUGUGUCUGGUCACGGACUGAACCUUCACACACGGAUACUCUGCUGCUUGUGAAUCUCAUGCCAGUCUGCAUGAGUGAAGUCCAAAAUGGAGCAAACCUUCAAGCGAUCCGAGUAAAAUAACCUCAAAAGAGGCUUAGAGCCAGCAUCCAGCUUCUAGACGACUUCUACUCCGAUCCACAGACUCACGGAGCAUGAAACAAGGAAGACCUGGAAAAACGUUCCCUCACUUUCUUCUGUACGUCUGCAUGGUAUGAUCCAGCACUCGGUAAAAGCAUUAAUCCAAACAGAGAGCAAUGCGACACAAGCAGGCGUCCUUCCUUUUCUCCCUCACUAUGUGCUUUCUGUAUAUAUUGUACAAAGGAAUUAUUUUAAAAAAAAGGUUGUUGGAUGCUAUCGAAUUUUCUUACUAUUUCUCUCUCUUUUUUUUGGUCUGUUAGACUUUUUUUUUUUUUACCAUUGUUGACAUAAUAUCAACGUUAAGCUGGUAUAACGGCUUUAUAUUGGAAGUGUUUUUGUUUUUUUUACUACUUUUUCUACCCCUCCUCUUCGAUGUCUACUUGGACCCACUCUGCUCUGAAGCUCUUUAGAAGCACAUCUUUUGUGUUCACCGAAAGUCAAUUUUAAUAAGACGUCAGGAUUUUUAGUCAACACCCCUGCAAAACACAUCGCAAUGGCGCGUUCAUAUAUCAGAAGAAAACUAGGGCGGAGGAAGUGUCAACCCGAGUCCGGUGCUAUCUGGAGCUAGUUUUUCCAGUCCAUCAUCAUGCAGUUAUUGUGUGAAUCUGAAACUCUCAGGAGAGCAUUAUUGAAAUCUGAGCAUUUUAAAUCAUCCUUGCGUGUUCAUCGCUCUCGGCUGUAUUCUAACUUGAUUACUGAACGGCACAGGGAAGAAGACAUUACUUAACCUAAUUUGUUUAUAGUGAAGAGGUGGCUUUUCCCACACGUUAAACAUGACAGUUUGCUUUUCAUCUCCGUCGUGAGAUGACUAGUAAAACAAAAACUGCGAGAUAGGUUUCUGGCUCCUUCAAUUUAUAAUCGAGCAUUAAUUUCAAUGCCACCACAAACCCCUAAUCUGAUUUUAACUAAUGCUCAUGCUAAUAAGGCCUAAUGGCACAAUGCAUUAGUUUUAUUUUGUUGUGGGAGAGACCCGGGCCAGAUCUCUUUAAGAAUUUAAAUCUGAUCCUCUCUUCGGAGAUAGAAAACUUUAAACUUUUAAUGCUGAUUUAGGAUCAGAUUUCUCUAUCUAAAACCUAAGCAGUAAUUUAAUCGAUAUCGCAGCACUGGUCUCAGAUCAGCGUCAAAAGAGUUAGGAUUUUUAUAUAUAUAUAGUAGUAACCUCACUUUUAGUUGUUCCGUCUUUGUUUAGCCGGUAAACCUGAGCUGUCUGGUGACUUGAUUCAUAAUUGUUGAGGAAAAAGCGCUUGAUUUGUUUUAAUUUAUUUUUAAGGGUUCUACUUUGGUUGUUGCUGUUGUUUUUUCUAGUUCAAGUUUUCUCCUUAUAGAAAGAUGAAACAGCCGGUUUUAACAGUUCAAACGUUCAUUUAUAUUUGUCUCAGACGGUGCUAAUAUAGCCUGCCCUGUGCGAUCCUUGUGAGAAGAGAAGAGGGAAUUGGUUUCGUUAGGCCCCUCCCACUAAUUAAGCCCCACCCACCCCACACCCAUAGAGAGCAGCGGCUCAGUGUCGGUCGGUCAUCGGUACUUGAAAGAAAGAUGUUUACACCUCUUCAUUUCUGUGUUGGGAUAUAUUUCUCUUUGUAAACCAUCACUCUCUCUCUCUCUUUCCCUUCCUCACUGUCUCGCUGCCUCUGUCCCACUCUCUCUUAUUAGGGAUCUCUCAUGUAAAGUGUAAAUUGCUACAUUUUUUAUACAAUACUGUAACUUGCCUUUGUACAUUUAGGCAGAAAAUAAAUCUUUUUAUGAGACAAUCA